ACUUUAAAUAUGGGGUCAAUAGUAUAAUAUUGAAUCAUGUUGACCAAUUUGACAAUAUUUUAAUAGAAAGUAUAUAUAUAUUAAAAUGAAACAAAAAGAAAUUAAGGUAAUGCUCCUCUUGUGUAAGAUCACAAAUAAAAUCAUUCUGUGGAUUAAAGAUGCCAACAUUCAAGGCUUGAGGAGCAGAAUGAUGAUGAUGGUAAAUCCCUAGUAGACUUUCUACUGUUUGGGAGAGCUCCUUCUAGGAGGGAGUGUGGAGAAGAAAAAGACCCUGUCAAAAAAGAGGCCAUAUGGACUCCUUCUUCCUAUAAGGCUGGUCUCAGGGAUUCUCUAAAAGACACCUCCACCCCUGCCCCAUGCCUCUCUUCAAAUAAAGAAACCUACUGGAAACCCUCCCCUCUGUUCCAUGAGGUUAACUGUCAUUUAUGUGACCCCCCCACCCAUCAGUCCCCCAUGAGCCACUCUCCAACUGAUCCGAUGAUGCUGCAGGCACUGGGCUUAGCUGCAGAAGGCCUUUUGUAUCUCUGGCAGGCCUUUCCAAAGAGGCUCCUGCCCAUGGGGGAAGAGGAGAUACAGGGAAUGGGCAAGGUCUCUAAGGGAUCUAAAGAGAUGGUGACCAUCCAAACACAGAAAGCACAAGGACUGAUGGAGACAAAGAACUGAGGAUAUGAGAUGUGGCCAUUCCCAAAUCUCCAAGGUGCACACAGUAGCUGUAACUGGAGACUCUCUCCUUCGGGCUGUUCCCCUUGAACUGAUACCUUGAGCCUCUGUGGUGGGUCCUAAGGUAAUAUCUGCAGGUUAUCCACACCAGUAUCUACUGACCAUGCAUCAGAAUUAGGGUUAAAAUGGCAAAUCAUGCCAAGAGGAAUUGAAGCAACUUUGGAAACCAGUAGGCUUCUAAGAUAAACUCCACGAACUCUCUCUUAUUAAUGGGUAGUUUAUGGGUCUCAGACAUAAGUAGUAAAUUCCUUGAUUUUGAAAAAAAAAAUCCCAUAAACUUCCUGAGAGAGAAUUAGAUAUUCUAUAGCAGAUACAUCCUAGCUGCUACUGAAUUAAUAAUUACAACUUCCAACCUGGAAUAUGCAAAGUCAAGAGGAAUGAAACAAAUCCUCUUUUCCUACCUGUAUUAGCUAUCUAUUGCUGUGUGACAAAUUACCCAAAACUUAGUGGUUUAAACAUUUAUUUCUCACAGUUUCUGGGAGUCAGGAGCUCAGGUGCAGCUUAACUGGAUCCCCUGGUUCUGGGUCACUCACAAGCCCACAGCGUCUCAGAGGUCAAUUAGGGAAGGAUCCACUUCCUAGCUCAUUCAUGUGGAUGUUGGCAGGAUUCCGUUUCCCCGAGCCUUUGAUUCCUUGCCACAUAGGCCUCUCCACGGAGCCUCUCACAACGUGGCAACCUGCUUCACCCAUGUGAGGGAUACUGGAAAGUACUGUGAACCUUCCUCAGAGUCAGGAUGUCCAUUUAGAACCAAAACCUGUAUGGCGUUCUCUAUUCCAGGGACUCAACAUUUUCCUGAUUAAGCAUCACUUUUACUUUGCCCAGAGUUCUAUGAAAGACCAAAAAGUGCAGGGGCUGUUGAGGGAACAGAGCUUGACUGCGGCCGUUCCCCCACUCUCGCCCUCCUCCACCUCUUGGGAAUUCCCAUAAGCCUUGGGGUAGAGACUUGGCAAAGCUGCAAGACCAUAGAGAGGCUGGUUAUGGAAACUCCUCUCCUCUGGAGACUGAAAGGGCAUUCAUUAUUUCAAACGGCUGACGUUGGGCAAAAUUGCCUUUGGGCAAGUUUCUACAAGAGGAAAUCUUAAAUCUUAAAGAACAAAGUCUCAGGCAAACGAGAAACACUGGAAAGGGCUAAAGAAGUUUCAGGUGUCAGGCAUUAAAAUUAUGGUUGGUUUCUGUCCAUCUCAUUAGGGGAGAAAAAAUAUAAAUGUACUUAAAUGGACCUGAGGGGAGUCAUAAGGUUGAUUCUGAGGGCUGAGUGAUCUGAACUUAGAGACAAGCUUGAAGAAAAAAUCUAUACUGGCCAGAGACCAAGUUAAUGGAAAAUUUAAUUGAAGCGAAUGAAAGGCUAAGCCUCAUAGGUGGUGUGGCCCGGUGCCCUUUGAACCAGGAAGGCUGGGACAAGAGGCCACAGAGGGCUGUAAGGGAAAACGUGAUGAGCUUAUCUGAGCGAGAACAAGGGGCGGGACCCAGCCCCGGAGUAAAGGAAAUCUGCAAACCUCCACAAGAGCCUCAGUGAAAGGCAGCAGGAGGGCACAGAGGAAAUCGACUGGUUUCUGCCACCAAGAAGUCCCUCAGAGGUCCUCCCUACCUCCCACAGCACUGAGCACCAGCGGCACUGGAGAGGGGUGUGCGGGACGCUGCCUGGUGGCAGAGACACGGCCACCCAAGCGAAAACAGUCACGGCCGAGGAGUGCCGGGUGGGCCCCGCCGGCAUGCACCGCUACAGCGUGGAUCCCUCCGCCUCCGCCUUCAGCCACAGGGGCUCCCUGCCCGCCUCCUCGUCGCUCUACUGCAAGAGGCAGAACUCCGGAGACGGCCACCUGGGGGGAGGCUCAGCCACCACUGCCGGUGGUCCCCGCAUGAGCCUCAUGUCCUCUGGAGGCCCCUCAACACCUGGGCUGAGGCCCCCUGGCUGCAGCCCCAAGAGAAACGGGACCUCUCUCGAAGGAAACAGAUGUGCCUCAAGCCCUUCUCCGGAAGGGCAGGAUGCCCGGCGGCCAAGGAGCAGGAACCCGUCCACCUGGUCUGUGGAGGACGUGGUCUGGUUCGUGAAAGAUGCUGACCCGCAGGCCCUGGGGCCCCACGUGGAGCUCUUCCGGAAGCACGAGAUUGAUGGCAAUGCCCUCUUGUUACUGAAGAGUGAGAUGAUCAUGAAAUACUUGGGCCUGAAGCUGGGACCUGCACUGAAACUCUGCUACCAUAUUGAUAAACUGAAGCAAGCCAAGUUCUGAAGAUGUUUAAAGGAUAGAAGUAAAAUCCAGACAACAGAUCUCAAGAUCAUCUUCUGAAGCCUUACCAACAUCAGCCUCCAUCGCAAAGAUUCUCUUCUGAAAAAAAUAACAACCACAAAGACUUGGUCUUUUUAUAAAACUCGUGCAUCUUUGCCUUUAAAAAAAAUUCAACAUGGCCCUUUUGAAAGGUUCCUCUGUGUUAGUGAUUUGCCAAAAAAUUAUCCCCCAAAUCUAUUAUUUUUCACAUUCCUGGUAGGUUGGUUUCUUGUAGGGUGGGUCCUAUUUUUAUAAUGAGAGUGUGGGGAACUGAGUGUUAUCGCUCAAAGAGGACCCUUGAGGCUUCCAGUGAUGUUAGAAGGACCUUUGUCUCUGCAGCACCACCUGUCUUUAACUCGGACCUGGGGACCUAUCAUUGUGAGCCUUGCCUGAUUCAGCUCUGAAAGCUGUCUUCUGAGGAUAAAUGCCUCACUUUGCACUAUCUGGAAAACUUGAAUUCUUUUGCUCUCUGAAAGAGAAGAAGAAGGAAAAAAAAAUUCUUUUCUAUUCCCAGUUAUCUGAAGUACUGUGUUGCCCCACUAGAGGGCAGACUGCUGAUGAAAUUUCAGGCCCCUCAUUGCAGUAGCCUGAUACUCAGUACCCAGAGGAUGGGUAGGGUUUCUGUGAACAAGAUCUAGCCUACACAGACAUGGGAAAUUAAUUCCCAGUGAGCACCACAGAUUGCAACUUGGGAAGAAAUCAUCUUCUAGAAGGUUCUAGUUCAUAUCCAAUCAUUAUUGACUGACUGAGAUGCAGCAAAGGCAAGAAUUUGGAAGCAUGUUCUUCCCAGAUGGGGUUUUGGAGUUCCUUCCCUUCCAGAGUCCUUACUGAGCUGUCAAUGUGUUGGCACAUGGGAGAGUCUUAGUGACAUUUAGCCAUGGUGUUUCUUAAAAAAAGUAAGAAGAAAGAUGUCUCGACUCAGCUUUGAAAUGGGAGAGUGCUGAUUUCUAGUCACACUGAAGGACUGUAUAGUUGUAUCUGUGGUUAAUUUUUCCAUCUUCAACAAAUACACGGACAUGCUAUUAUGAGGUUUAAUUCAAUUUACAAAUAGGUUUUCCUUUCUCACCUUGGAGUAAUAGAAAAAAAAUUGAUUUCUACCCCUUUGCAGCUGUGUCCAGGGAAGGACAAUGAAUCCACAAUUUAUGAGACAGAAGGGCAACCUCAUCUCCAUUUUUCUUCUUAUCCUUUUCGUUUCUCUCUUCCCCUGUCUCUUUUUCCCUUCCUCUCUCACUUAACAGGAAACAUAUCUUCAAAAUGGAUGGUCCUUUGCUGUGGGCAUAUCAUUUUCCUUUAAAAGCACCUGCAGUGUUGGAGGUGAGGAGGACCUUGUGAUCUCUGGGAGGGCGAGGAUCAAGGACAACUCAGGGCCUCCCUUGGCCCAAAUGCAAGUUAGAAAAAGCACACUGUCCCCGGUGGGCAGCCUGGCAGGGGUCUCGGCUGGAUUUCAGCCCCCUCACCCCUCCACCAGCUGCCCUUGUGCAGGACAAGACCUGUACAGACUUGAGUGCAGCCCUGGGUAUAUUUCUGUGUUGAUCCUCUGUAAAUCAUACAGAACCUAGGCAAGGAUCGUAAGAAGAAUUCCAUGCCGUGCCAUUAGACCCACUUUGAUGAGUGAUAUUUGAGAAAGCACGUCAUAGCAAAAACCCUUUUUAGAUACACAAAUGGUGGCUAGAUUUAGAGCACAACAGAGAAGGGACAGAGGAGAAUGUCCUAAAAGUGCCCACAGAACCGAGCUUGAGUUACCAGGUCAUGGAAGAGCUGAAUGUUAGUUCUGGCACCUGACAAAACUACUCUGAAUCAGGCCUUGGGACAGAGUCCUCAAGAUUUUAAAGUGAUAGAUUGUCCCUCAAAGUCGGUUAUUUGUGAAAUGCUUACUGCUGGUCUGGAGUUAGAGUCUCCCUCAAAAACCCAUGGAUAGCUUAUGCAUUCAGAAUGGCCAAUGUGAAAACAGUAAGAGCCAGAAAUCCCACAGCAACCAUGUUUCUCCUUCUUUUGCUCAGUCCUCUAAAACUUGCGGUGCCUCUUCCAUCAACAUAUACCUCAUACAGAGACUUUCAAAACUUCCUACCCAUUCUCAGUAGUGCCCCUUCAGGAUAAAAACAUCAACAUUGGUGUCCCCCAAAUCCAAAUCAUCCCCAAACAAUAUCAGAGAGAUGCUUGGUGUGGUUUUCAGGGGAGAGAGAUUUUGCCAUCUCAAGUGUAGGAGAAAAACUGGGUCCAUGUUCGUGGGAUCUGCUCUCAUGGAGGUGCUAUCUCAUUUUGCAUUAAACUUUAAGUGGGACAGAUUGCUGAAGCCAUGAUAUUUAAGGUUUGACUUUUUAAAAAUCUUCUUACUCUUAAGAUGAAUGCUGCCAUAUCAGAGAAUAACCCAGGCAGAAAGUUCUUCCUUGCCUGUUUUUGCACUGAAAUGCAAUUAGCCCACCACAUUAUUGUUGUAAUACUGCAAUUAUAAUUAAUUUUCACCCCUUUCAAAAAUCUCGUCAAACCAGGCAGCUAAAUAGCUUAGCAAAUGUAAAACAUGCCAGGCCAUUUCCUCUAAACAGACCUUACAGAGUCAGGCCAUGUGUGUCACCCCGUCCGAAUGGGAGCUUGUUUGGGGGGCCUCGCACUUGUACAGACGUGGUGCUUGUUAUUCCACGGCAGUAGCUUUGCUUCGGGUUGUGGCGAAUAAUGAUAUAGUUUAGCAUAAUUCCAAAUUAGAGUGUGUGUGUGUGUGUGUUCAUGCUCCAGACACUUCCAAUUACACUUGUCUGUUAAACACUUUUACAAAAAAAAAGUCUAGAGACAGUUCUAUUGCCUAAGGCAUUUUAAAUAUUUUAUGAAGCACAUUAUUCCCUUUGUGAAGACUUCAGGUAAAAGAUGUGCAUUUUGUGUGUGUGUGUGUGUGUGUGUGUGUGUGUGUGUUUCCUGACACUGUAGUUGGAAGAGCCUUAGGAAGUAGCUAGGUGUGUAUCGGCUGUUGGAUUUGCUUGGUGUCAAAGGCUUCCCCAGCUUUGUGGCACAGAGGGGGACCCCACUCUAGGCUGUUACUACUGGGUAUCCCCUCUAAUGCCAGUAGGGUGCGCCCUGGAGGCUGCUGGGGGUUGGUUCUGGGGUUCUGGGCCUUCCCAGGUCAAGAGCUGGCUGACAGGACUCCACUCCGUGUGACUGAGGGGACAAGCCUAGCCAGGAAGCCCACUGGGCAGGACCAGCCGUCUGGAGCCUAGUUUAGUGCCCGCCAGAGCUGCACCGCUCCCCCAUCAUUUCCCUUCAGCAGGAAAAAGGAGUGGAGAGCACCUCACCAGAACCAAAUAGGAUACUGAAAUACACCAGGGAGGGAUACUGAGCUGCGGUUAGGAAGGAAACUGUGAGGAGGGGAAGACAAAACUACAAAUGUCUUAGGAAGACAGUAAAAGGGGGUCUCUUCUAACAGCCCCAACCCUUUAAGCUACAAUAUCCUAUUUUUGUAUUUAUGUGUGGAAUAGUUCUUAUGUUUUAAAACAUUAAAAUUAUGUUUUUUAUUAUUUUCUGAGAUUGUUUUAGGAGAAUUUUGUCAUAGCUCCGAAGAUUAUUGGAAAUGCCCAGAAGUGACAAGGGACUUGAAUUUAGUCAUUGUCAGAAGGUCUUGAAAGACGGAGAUAUUCUGCUUUCUUUCCAAAGAACUAGCCAGGUUUCCUCCGUGUGAGCAGAAGGUGAGUGCUGCCUGCCGUUUGCUCUGACCUGGUACUUUUCUAAGUCUUCUCCGAUGGGCUUAGGUGAGGAGGAGAUGGGACUCACUUUUUUUUUUUUUUUUCCUUAAACCACAGAUAAUAAGACAGGGGACUGGGAAGGAGUGUGUGUUUUUUUGGAAACUGCAAUAUUUUGUUAAGGAGAGGGAUGAACACCUGCCCAUGGGUGUGGUUUAUUUUUUGUCACAAACACACUCCAAGAACUGAGUCACUGCCCAGCUCUGCUCUGGUCUUGCCAUGUGCCUUAGUCUCCAUGGCACGAGAAGACCAUGCUGAGAACCCCAGCUGUGACCCCAGCAGACGGUCAGCUGUUUAGAGGUACAAGCAGUCCUGUUCCCACCUUGUGAUGUCACCCUGGUGGCGACUCUCACACAACUCUCACCCGUGCUGCCCUGGGAAGAGCCCUGGGAGCCUCAGCUUCCAGAGUCCCCUUCCCUCCAGCCACUAGCCUAAUUGAAGACGAUUCCUUUGCGGACAAUUGGAAGCUGGAUUUUUGGAAAUCUAGCAUUUACUUGAAAGAGAAUCGCUCUUAUCUAUUGCCACCAGUUAAAUAUUAUGGAAACAUGUCUGCUAACAAUUUGCUUUGUGUAAUUUGUUCUAAUGCUAAUAAGUAACAGCUGGGACACUUCCUGUGGUAAAUUCCUUUGUGGUUACAGUGGUAUGAUCACACAUGGACUUCACCAAAUCGCUGUACUUGAGAAGAACGCUCACUCUGGCUCUCCCAGGUUGCAGGAAAUUCCCAAACUGAGAAGCAGUUCUGGGCAAAAGCAUAUAUUUUUAGAGGAGGAUUUGCUUUUCUUCAUUCUCUUGUUUUCCUAAACAGGGCCCCAGACCUGUGCUCUUAAAAUCCUGCAUAAAGAGCCUGGGGUUCUCCUCCUGCUUGGCGUUGAGCUUGGUUUCCUCCAGAGGAAAAGACAGCAAGCAGAGCUAAAGAAUGACACCUCCCCCCAGGUCAGUGUGCUGUGCCCAGAGCUGAUAUGGAGAGGACAGGGCGAGAGCAGUGGAGAUGCAUCUGAGAGCCAAGAGCUGUUCAGCAGCUGAUUAGGUAGUGAUGGCAGACAGCAUGGGCAUCUUGCUGUCCGGAGGGUCUAAAUGUACCACUCAGACUUGAUCAGGGCCAUCAGCCCACCACUCUCUGCUCUGUACUCGACCACAUGACCUGAGCCUUAGAGUUGGUUCCACGCACUAGAUGCUCAUCGCAAAGGCCAGCACAAAUGCCUUCUACUGGAUCCUACUUUGGAACACAACCAAAGCCUUGCUUCUCCAAACAGCUCACUAGGAAAUACCCGACCUUCACUGGGUGUCAUUUUACAGUAAGCAUAUAUGACCGGAGGCUACCUCCACCAUAACCUAUAAUUGUAGCAUCCUCAAACCUCAGGAAGGCUCUACCUCCUCAUCCAGUGCUGGAACACCUUCCCUACAGCCCUGAGAAAUGGCUCUGCCUGACCGCGUCCCAUUAGGAGGCGUUCACUCCCAUAGGAAGUGGCUUAUUUCUCCGUUGGACAGCUCUGGUUGUGAAAACAUUAUUUCUCAGGGAGACACAGAUGUCUGUGAAUCAGACACAGACGUUUGAGAUGAAGCCAACUCUGCAAUCCUCUUUUAAACAGAGCUUGUCCAGGCAGGAACCACACCUACAAUACAAAUUGACGUUGGCAAGUCCAGCCCAGCUCCACUACGUUAGGGCAGAGGAACAGACACCACAUACAAAUACAGGACUCAGAUAGGUCGCAGCCAUCAGAUUCAUCAACCCUGUCAUGAAAAACUAUUAAAAUUCUUGUGACCUCACACACACACAAAAGGGUGUCCUGGGAGAAUCUUCAGUGUCGUUGUAAGUCUGGCUUUGGUCAUACAAGCACGCGAGUAACAAAAGAUUGCGUGAAUGAAUCUACAAGUCCAUGGGCCUCAUUAACUGAAAAAAACACCAUGACACGCGGAGGUUCCAUCUCUUAAUUGUACUCACUGGUGAUUUAAUAAACUAGGGAAGCUUUAGUUUAUAGACAAAAACAAGGAAUAAUUGAUGAUAGAAAAGUAAACAUGGUCUGUUGUGAAUUUAUUCAAGCCUUGUGCAGUUCAUGACACCAAGCCCAAGCAGAUUUCAUGCUUGUGCAUGCAUUCCCCAGUGAGUGUGUAUUUGUGAGUUAAUGCAAUAAGAGAUGGGAACUGGGGAAGGUUUGGGAAGGGAUUGCCAAAGGAGAUUUUGCUUUCUAGAGCAUUCUUAUUCAGAAGAACUAUCUAGCAAUGAUUUAGAAAUCAGACAAAACAUAGUUUAUGUAGUUUACUUAGAUAAACUUCUGGAUUGUGGGGCAGAUUCUCUAUGAAAAUUGUUCAAUCUUGGUAACUUGGAAAAAGCAGCUAAAAUCCAGCACCUUGCCCAGCACCUGUCAUACAAAAGGCAUCUCAUUCAUAUUCAUUGACUGACUUAAGGAACUUGUUUAGUUUUCAUAUUUUCUUCAAAAAGCCGUGAGUUUCUUUUGGGAGCUCAUAUCUUUACUGAGAGGAGAACCGCUGAAGGGACAGGCCAGAAGAGCAGGAGGCCUUUCCAAUGGUUCUCCAAACGCUCGAGCAGGCCAACCCUGUGGUCACCGAUGUGAGUUUCUGUCUCCUCUUUUUGUCGUAGGAUCUCACAUUCUGCUUAGCCCCGUGCUCCACUGCGAGUGUUAGAGAGGAACAAAGGCUUCUUCACAGCUGUACUGUUUUUUUCCUUUGCAGAUUUCUUUUUAUUUUAUUUUAAAUUUUUUAUUGAAGUAUAGUCAGUUAUAAUGUGUCGACUUCCGAUGUACAGCAUGAUGUUUCAGUCAUACAUAUACAUACAUAUAAUUGUUUUCACAUUCUUUUUCAUUAUAGGUUACUACAAGUUAUUGAAUACAGUUCCCUGUGCUAUACAGAAGAAAUUUGUUUUUUUAUCUAUUUUAUACAUAGUAGUUAGUAUUUGCACAUUUCAAACUCCCAAUUUAUCCCUUCCCACCUCCUUCCCCCCCAGUAACCAUAAGUUUGUUUACUAUGUCUGUGAGUCUAUUUCUUUUACAGCUUUACUUUUAAGACAUCUCCUUUUCUUUCUCAAUCCACAAUGCCUCUCAGAAAUAAGUAGGGUGUCCACUGGCUGGUUAACUGAAGGACUGUAAGGGUCUCCGGGAGGCAGAGCACACUGUCCAUGAGCCCUGCAUUCCCAGGACCCUGCUUGCCUGGGCGGUGGAGGGGGGCAGGUCAACGGGGCAUCUUCCCUACAAGCCACAGGCUGAGGGUAGCACCGCUGAGGAGGCGCCGCCACGGGAAAUGGGUAGAAGAGAACCUUCCAGGUCCUUUUCGCUCUUUACUCAUCUCCACCCUUGAGAACAGAUUCAGAAAGAUCAGGGGCUUCUCUUUUUUCCCCAGAUGGUUACAUAGGAGCAUUGAGAAUCAUGUGACCAAUUUUUUUGUCCACAACCACUCCAAAACUUAAGAGUGUUUCACCUUCAAAGAAACCACCUCAAAAGCCUGGGCAUGUGUUCCAAGGAUGUUCUCAUUGCUCAGAAUAUUCCUAGUGCAUCUCUUUUGGGGUCAUCUUUAGGAGCUGGAACACAUUCUCCUCAAAGUGGAAAGCCUAUCACUUGAGGGUGGGUUUUUUUCCUUUUUGGAGCCAAAGGCACUGGGGUCAUGUCUGGUGAGCAGCAUGAGCAACACUGGUAAUUCGAGAUGUAAAACAACAUGUCUUCAUACUCAUUAGUUUGUCUUUUCCUUGUGUCUUUCCAUACUGGGUACCAAUGGUUUGAGCAAUAAUAGCCACAAUUCAUUUGUUAACUUAACUGUAUUAGGCAGGUGUCAGUAUAAGAAGCCGCAGUGUAGACUACUUUGAAGGGCAGCGUCAUCUGGAUGAACAUUCAACAUGUUCAUUUUAUUUUUUUAUUUUUUAUUGUAGUGUAGUCAGUUUACAAUGUGUUAAUUUCUGGUGUACAGCAUAAUGUUUCAGUCAUACAUAUACAUACAUCAUUUUCAUACUCUUUUUCACUAUAGGUUACUACAUGAUAUUGAAUGUAGUUCCCUGUGCUGUAUAGAAGAAACUUGUUGUUUAUAUAUUUUAUAUAUAGUAGUUAGUAUCUGCAAAUCUCAAACUCCCAAUUUAUCCCUUCCCACCCUGUCCCCCCUUUGGUAACCAUAGUUGUUUUCUGUCUAUGAAUCUGUUCCUCUUUUGUAAAUAAGUUCAUUUAUGUAUGUGUGUGUGUGUGUGUUUUAGAUUCCACAUAUGAGUGAUACCAUAUGGUAUUUUUCUUUCUCUUUCUGGCUUACUUCACUUACAAUGAUGAUCUCCAGGUCCAUCCAUGUUGCUGCAAAUGGCAUUAUUUUAUUCUUUUUAUGGCUGAGCAGUAUUCCAUUGUAUAAAUAUACCACAACUUCUUUAUUCGGUCAUCUGUUGAUGGACAUUUAGGUUAUUUCCAUGUCUUGGCUGUUGUAAAUAGCACUGCCAUCAACGUGUUCAUUUUAAAGUAAUCUCAUGGUCGUAUCUUUAGGCAUUGUAAGCUGAGGCUAUUGUGAGUUUUUGCAAAGAAACAGAGACCACCCUCAUACCUAGAACCCUAGAAUACCAGGGGACUUAGGAGGAAGAAGCCUUGGGGGGCACCUGGACAGCUCACUCCAGUGUAGAACCUUCUCCACAGCAUAUCCCACUGGGUCCACAUCACUCUGUGGGGGCAGACUAUGGUACAGAGCAAAGAAACAAGCUCUCCAAGUUACCACCCCCACUCCCAUCUCCUCAUCUGGAAAAGGAGGGGCAUCCAGAUGACCUUCAGGGCACUUACAGCAAAGGCUAGCGGGGCUGUUGGCUCCUCGGUCUUCCAUUUUAUGACUUCAGCUUCUGCCUCUGCUCCUGUUUGUCCUUGUCUAGGUGUUUUCUCAUCCUCUUCUCUCAUGGGCCCAUAGCUCCUCCUCAGAGCCACAUAAGCAUCACUCUGCUAUCAUUUCUCAUUUUUUCUUUUUUACUUUGCAUUUCAUUCUUUCUUCCUGUCUUCAUGUUUUUUUUAGUUUCCCCUUUUUUGUUUUUCUCCAUUCCACUAGCUCAAAUGCCUUGUGGGAAGGAGAGGAGGUGGAGAGAGAAAUAAUCAACAGGUGGCCUCUUCCCUCACUGGCAAGAUGGUCCUGACCCUUGCCUGCCUUCCACUGUCCCAUUGUCACCCACCUACAGCAUUCCCCGGCUCUGUCGUGCUUCCGGCCCCAUCUCCACUUGUUCAUUCCAUUCCUCAAGGUCUAGCUCUCUCAGUCUGUCCUUGAGUUUGGGAAUAAGAGUCCCAUCCCUUUUGAUUGCUUUGUUCUGUGACUCACCCUGAUGUCUCACUGAUAGGCUUUAUCAACCUUCCUCAAGCACAUACCCCAGUGCCCAUCCCACUGGGUGUCCCUCCUCAUUCAGCCUCGAAGGUCAAGAGCCAAGUGACCUGGAGCCGUUGUGACAUACCUCUUGAGAAACAAGCAUUGUUUCUCCCAGUCAUGCUGCCUCCUGCAAUCUGCAGGGAGUCACUCUGCCCUCCAGUAGCCUUUCCCAUCAUUCCACACUUCUUUAUGGAACAUGUAGCUUUGUCCAGACCCGCUUAGCAUGGACUGCACCUCCUAGUGACCAAAGCCAAGCCAGUGUCUCAGUGUAAAUGAGAAGGGCCAGCCUGGAUCAACGAUGAGGCACAAUGAGCUACGUCAGAAGCACUUCUGGGCUGAGGGUUUGUCAUUAGUCAUUUACAGGUCCACUGAGAUAUGCGCAGUAUGAAGUGGCUUGUGUCUGGGUGGUGGAAGAUGAUGACACAUUUCCCAAAGGAAAAUAUGGUGUAGAGGGGGGAGAAAGGCAGCAAAAUUCUGGAAUGGGGAUGCUCUAUUCCUGGGCUUCAUCCAGCAUCAUCACACCCCCUCCCCAGGAACUGAAAGCGUUUCUGCCCAAGGAUGAGAGGGUUCGGAGGACUUUGAUUUCUUUCAUUACCCACUGUGUGCUAAGCCGCAGUACUUAACUUGCUGUCAUCUUCCACAGAUAUCUUUGAUCACAUGAGGAUUAAAACAAAUGAGCUCCUCUCAUCUCAUCCUCCAAAAAUUUUGAAAUAUCAGUUGCUUUAUACAGCAUAUAUUUUCAUUUUACAGACAUCGGUUGAUCUGUUUGUUUUUCUCCUGUAUAUACGUAGAAGUAACUUUAUCAAUAUAAAAUUUUUAAGUACAAUUGUAGAUUAAUUUACUUUUAAUUCGAUACACACAAAAACUAAACAUAUAGACAAAAUAAACUCAUUUCAUCAUAAUUGUAUUCUGUUGCUAUUUUUUUUCUUCAUAUUAACAGUGAAAACUUUUUGUUAAAUUCUAUUGUAACAUCACAAAGCAUCGUGAGGCUGAAAGUUUUGUGUUUUUCUAGCUAUGCUAGGUUGUAUGUGGCAUGGCUCUUGCUAAAUAAUGUGGAGUUCUGAGUAAGUGAAAAUCCAUGUUUGCUAAGCUCUCGAGGUUGAAUGAUGAUGUGCCUUUUGUUUUGUAAGUUGAGGAGGUUAUUUUCAGAUUCUUUCUUUCAGUGCAGCCUUAGUUAAUCUCAUGUUUCCACCUCUUUAUUCUGAGUCUUGACCUCGCUGUGCCACGCAGGAGACUUUCUCUCUCUGUCCACCUGGGAGGCUGGCAGCCACUCCCUUUCCCUGGUUAAGUUUUGUCUUUAACAAGGGUACCAAUAAGACAUGCCCCCAUCUCAGUAAGAGAAAAACCCUCCCUAGAUGGUCUCCCCUCUCUUCUAAUGAAAGAUUUUAAAAGGGUAUGUGUGCGCAUUUUCACGUGUGUACUUAUGAUUAGGUUUGGGGAUCCAAGACAAAGGUCAUCCAGUGGAAGUUUUUACAUCAUUUGCUUGUGCUGAGCGAGGCACGUGUGCAAGAGGGACCCCAUGUGUGUACUUCAUAUACUCUAGUUACUUGCAAAUUCCUGUGCUUUCACUUUUUCUGGGCAUUAGGUAAUUCUGGAACAUUACUUCAAUUCCCCGCUUUACUUAAAAGUGCUUUAGGAACGUGGAGCUUCAAGCUUAGGAAAUAGUAUAGUUUUAGGGUAUGGCUUUUUUCAUUUUUGAAAUACCAAUGGGUCUAAUUUUGCAGACCAGAAGUCAGUGAAUAGAAGUCAUUGUAAUGGGGAACAGCGUUUCCAGUGGAGAGAAAAGGCAGCAAACUGUCACCUGGGGAAAGAGCCUCUCCUUAAUUCUUGCUCUUUGCUAGCAUGAUGCAAUCAGUGUUUCCUGAUACUGGGACAAUCCUCUCGCCUCAAAGUGUUCCUAUGUAAUUGUGUCACAUAAUGGGGAAUUGUAAUAGGCAAUUUGGUCCUGUAAUUCAGUUUGCAGAGCAUGCAAACAUAAGAUAACUAGGUUAAAUGCAAAUCAGCAUUACACUAAGGUACAAAAAACGGGGUGGGGUGGGGGCAGAAAAGAUGCUGUGUACAUAACUUAGAAACAACGUGAAUUUUAUUCCCCAUGUGCCUCAAAGUGUAGAGUUUAUUAAUGUUAUUUAUCCUCUUAGUUUAAUUUCAUUCCAGACUGUUCACCCAGGUACCUUAUCUGUAUAUGAACGUACAUGUGUCCUUACUGCACAUAUUUAUGGUUUGUCUCUUAUUUGUAAUAAGCAGUCUCCGAGGGAAGCCCCUUCUUCAGGAGUGAGGUGAUGUGCUCAUUUUUUACGAUGUACGGUGCAAGUAGACUGUUAACAGACACAUUGUUCUAUAUGACACCAUAUCAAAAUGUGCUUUCAGUUUUUCAAAGCCUUUUUGUUAUUGUCUGUAACUUUUUUCUUUGGGCUAAUUCUUUCAUUAUUUAGAGGUCUAUUUUUAAUGUAUUCCCUUAAGCAGUGACUGGUAGGUACAGUAUAGUCAGAUAUGUAGUUUCAUUAAAUAAACACUGCUGGCCUUAAUGAUUUUAAUAUUUUCAGGUGCUUUUUUUCAUUUUUGAAGCAGAAUUUUUUUUUUUGUAGUACAGUAUAUCAUGGGCCUGCGAGUGAUUCAGUAAAAUUUCUAAAUCUUAAAAUUCCAAGAUAAUGCAGUAUUUUCUGUUCAUUCUGUAAAAAGUAGUUCUGUAUUUUUAAUAAAGAAUGGAAUUUA